CUCAUCUACACUAAUCAUUCAAAGCUUACCAUUGCACAACGAUCGAUUCCUGCCGAAGAGGAGCAUCUAUCGCACAACCUUGCUAUAUCACACAUACAAGAACAUAUACAUAGACAAUGACGACCGCACCACCGCCUCCGCCCUUCCAAUUCCCGCCAACCUACUCCUUCCCCCCCUUCUUCACGCCGCAACCCAACAGCGCGACGCGCACCUCGCAGCUCCAGAAAUGGUCCUCCCUGAUCCAGGCGUGGUGUCGCCAUCACCGAACCUACCGCCUGGCGCUCAGCGAGGCCAUCGAGAGCCCGCUGUUCUACAACGCGGCGCUGCGGAAGCGACUGUCCAUGAAAGAUGCGCGGGAUGUGCUGGACUGGAUGGCCAAGGGGGAAGAGGAUGGCGGCGGCGGCGGCGGCGGGCAGCGAGCGGAGUGGCUGGACGGGAGCACCAAGACUGUGGCUCGCAUCUGGUGGAAGAGACCCGAGGAGUGGGCGGGCACCGUGGCGGAUUGGGUGGAGAAUACGGGGCAGAAGAAUGUGGUUCUGACGGUCUAUGAGUUGGUGGAGGGGGAGGGGACGUUGUCACAAGAAUGGCACGGUAUGGAUACGGACGUGAUGCUCAAAUGCCUCAAUGUGCUGGUAAAACGAGGCAAGGCACAGGUUUUCGGUGGCGAAGGCCAAGAAGGUGUCAAAUUCUUCUAGACGGUCAUCUGUUCGUGAUAUCUGGACGAAUUGAUUCUGAGUACAACAGGCUAUUUUCAUGCAAA